ACGUGACUGAGAAAUUCGGCGGCGGUAGCGGCGGAGGACGGCCGAUGGAUGACGGUGCCGGGUCUGUGAGCAGUGAGCCGUGCAAGGCGCGCUCGGCUCGCAGUCUGUUAGCCAAGCUGUUGAGUCGUGUUUGUCCUGUGCAGCCAGAGUGACAACUGAAUCAUCGAACUUUACUGGAAUGAAGCUGUGCUGAUUGGUGAAAACUGGUGAUAUUUGAACGUACUUACUUCACUGUUUUGACCACCUGACUGUACGAACAACUGGAGCAGUAGCUACCUGGUUUACAUCAUGUCUACGGGAGUGGACUUUGAGAGCCUGCUGCGCGGCCUGCACGGCAGUCUGGUCAGCUCCGGCCAGGUGCAGGCGGUCACCGAGCAGUUCUCGGCCCUGGACACGGACAUGGAGCGGGUGCAGUUCCUGAUGAAGAUGCCGGAGAGCGGCCCCCUACAGCAGGUAACCGGCGGCGGACCUCCGCGCUCCGCCGCCGCCUCUGAGCAGCUCCGGGCAGACGGCAACGCCUGCUUCGGGCGCGGCGAGCACACGGCCGCGCUGCGCUUGUACUCGCAGGCGGCCCAGUGCUCGCCUGCCGGCUCCCCACAGCUCAGCCUGGCACUGGCCAACCGAUCGGCGGCGCUGUUCCAGCUGGGCAGGUACGGGCCCUGCGAGGAGGCCGUGCAGCAGGCGCUCCAGCACGGCUACCCGCGCGAGAUGCGGUACAAGCUGCACGAGCGACUGGGGGAGGCGCGCCGGCGGCAGGGGGACGGCGCCGGCGCCGAGAGGGCCUUCUGCGCGGCACUGGCCGCCGCCAGGAGCGCGCCGCUGGACGCCCGGAGAAGGAAGCAGCUGCUAGUGAGGCUCGAUGGCCUGGUGUGCCGCAGCGCAGCGGAUCGCGUCAAGAGACUGCUGGAGACGGGACAGGAGGGGGAGCUGCAACCGGAGCAGACGGAACAUUCAGACCAGAAUCGAGAGCGGGAGAGGACGCAGAAGCAAGGAGAGCAGACAGAGCAGAGGAAGGAUGAGCAGAAGCAGAGCAGCGGGACGAAGAGACGCCGGGAGGAGAGGAAGAGCCCGUCGCCCUCAGUGCCGCAGCUGCCGCCGCUCUCCCAUGGUCCGAGCGAGGUCGUACCGGCCGCGUCAGCUGCGGUGGACCUGGUGGUGACACAGGAGAAGGGCAGGAUGCUGGUGGCCAACCGCGACCUCUCACCAGGCGAUGUUGUGAUUGUAGAGCCUGCGCUGUGCUCCGCCACCCUGCCGGACUCGUGGGCCACCCACUGCUACCAGUGCUGCGCGCGCCUCCAGGAAACCGUACCCUGUCUGUCCUGCUCAUCGGUUCGGUUCUGCUCGGAGGCGUGCCGGACGGCGGCGGCUGAUCAGCACGUGCUGGAGUGCGGCCUGCUGGAGCGGCUGCUGGAGCUGGACGUCGGGCCGAUGGCGCUGCUGGCGCUGCGGCUGGUGGCCGCUGCUGGACCGGAGCGGCUGCGGCGGCAGCGGCUGGGGCGGCCCGGCGAUACCACCGGGUCUGGGGGAGAGGGCUGCUCCCCCGGUCAGCUGGACGCGGCUCGAGGUCUGGUGGGUCACACCAAGCAACGCUCCGUGGCCGACCUGUUCCGUCGCACCGCCACCGCCGUCUGCCUGGCCUGUCUUCUAUACAGCCAGCGUGGCGACAGCUCGACUCGUAUUGAAAAUUCACGGAAUGAAAACGGCGAAACCACACAGAGAGAAAACGGCACAUCAGAACAGAGCAGUGUCCGAGAAGAGAAUGACGUUUCGAAAGAGGGAAGUGACCUCGAGGAGACGGCCGCCGCUCUGCUGCACUACCUGCAGUCUCUACCGUGUAACGCGCACGAGAUCUCUGAGCAGGUGGUGCGUGGCGAGGAGGCCGAGCUGCGUGAGGUGGGCGCCGCCGUCUACCCGAGCGUCAGCCUGCUGAACCACUCGUGUGACCCGAACGUGCUCCGCGUCAGUCACGGCACGGCCUGCGUGGUGCGCGUCAUCCAGCCGGUGCCGGCCGGCGGCGAGCUGCUCGACAACUACGGCUUCCACUGGGCCGUGCAGGGCUGGACGGAGCGGCAGGCGGCGCUGCGCGGACAGUACUUCUUCGACUGCCGGUGCCGCGCCUGCACAGAGGACUGGGCGCCGCACAUGGACCUACCCGAGAAGGAGUACUUCCUCUGCGACCUGUGCGACGCGCCGCCGAUCUACUGCUACCACGAGAAGGACGCCAGCAAGGUGGAGGCCUUCACCAGGUCCCGGAGGGCGUUCAUGAAGGCCAUGGAGAGGAGGAAGCAGAGGGGUGGCACAGCUGAUGACGUUGAAGCGCUGGUUAACCACAUGAGGGUGAUGCAGAGGGUCAUCGCCAAGCCGUCACGGGAAUUCAACAACUGUCAAGAGGCAGUGAAGCUGCACUUCUUCGCUGAGGGGAACUCCUAUCAAGAAUUGGCGGAAAAGCAACCAACCGCAAAGAGCAUGCUGAAGGAGGCUGGCACAACCGAAACACUGAACUGCAUCGAGAGGCUAUAUGGGAAGAAUAAGCGAAUUACUGCAUGAGUGCUUGCUAGUCUCCAAACGUUAUCAUUUUGUAAAUCGUCUGAAGCUUAGAUAGAAUCAAUGAUAUUGAGAGUCUGUAAUACAUCGCAUGCUUAAAA